CGGGGGACGGAGCAGUCGUGCCUGUCGGGUGGCGGGUUUCUCGGCUGUAGAGGCUCGGAAGGUGGUCGUGGCUGCGAGGCGGCGGCGACGGCGGAUGCCGGAGCACGCCCCGCCCCGCCGCUUGGCGGUCCCGGGGUCGAGAUGAGCGCCUCGGUGUCGGUCGGGGGCCCGGUUCCCUUGCCGCCCCCGGGCCCGGCCGCCGCUCUGCCUCCCGGUUCUACCGCACGGGCCCUGCAUGUGGAGCUGCCGUCUCAGCAGCGACGUCUUCGACAUCUUCGGAACAUUGCUGCCCGGAACAUUGUCAAUAGAAAUGGCCAUCAACUCCUUGAUACCUACUUCACGCUUCAUUUGUGUAAUGCUGAAAAGAUAUAUAGAGAAUUUUAUAGAAGUGAAGUGGUUAAGAAUUCCUUGAAUCCAACGUGGCGGAGCCUUGAUUUUGGAAUAAUGCCGGACUGUCUUGAUACGUCUGUGUCUUGCUUUGUGGUGAAGAUAUGGGGUGGAAAGGAGAACAGCUUCCAACUCCUGAUAGAAUGGAAGGUCUGCUUGGAUGGGCUGAAAUACUUGGGUCAGCAGAUUCAUGCCCGCAACCAAAAUGAAAUCGUUUUUGGAUUAAAUGAUGGCUACUACGGUGCUCCAUGUGAACACAAGGGUUAUUCAAAUGCUCAGAAGACGAUGCUUCAGGUGGACCAGAACUGCGUUCGCAAUUCUUACGAUGUCUUCUCUUUGCUCCGGCUUCAUAGAGCCCAGUGUGCAAUUAAACAGACUCAGGUAACUGUUCAGAAAAUUGGGAAGGAAAUUGAAGAAAAACUAAGACUCACAUCGGCAAGCAAUGAGCUGAAAAAAGAAAGUGAAUGUCUGCGAUUAAAAAUUUUGGUGCUUCAAAACGAACUGGAAAGACAGAAGAAAGCUUUGGGACGGGAGGUGGCAUUACUGCAUAAGCGACAGAUUGUGUUAGAGGACAAAGGAAGCGCCUUCUCCACGGAGCACGGCCGGCUUCACCUCCAGAAGGAAUCCCUAGGCGAGCUGAGGAAGGAGUGCACUGCAAAGAGAGAACUCUUUCUGAAGACAAAUGCUCAGUUGACAGUUCGUUGCAGGCAGUUACUCUCUGAGCUUUCCUACAUUUACCCUAUUGAUUUGAAUGAGCAUAAGGAUUACUUUGUAUGUGGUGUCAAGUUGCCUAAUUCUGAGGACUUCCAAGCAAAAGAUGAUGGAAGCAUUGCUGUUGCCCUUGGUUACACUGCACAUUUGGUCUCCAUGAUUUCCUUUUUCCUUCAAGUGCCCCUCAGAUAUCCUAUAAUUCACAAGGGAUCUAGAUCAACAAUCAAAGAUAAUAUCAAUGACAAGCUGACUGAAAAGGAAAGAGAGUUUCCACUAUAUCCAAAAGGAGGAGAGAAGUUACAGUUUGAUUAUGGUGUCUACCUUCUGAACAAAAACAUAGCACAGCUAAGAUACCAGCACGGACUGGGGACUCCAGACUUGAGGCAAACCCUUCCAAAUCUGAAGAACUUCCUGGGGCACGGGCUAGCGGUCAGGUGCGACAGACAUCACACCUCCAGUGCCAUCCCUGUUCCAAAGAGACAGAGCUCUGGACUUGGGGGUGCAGAUAGAGGCUUCUUGGAGGCAGUCCCUUCACCAGACCAAGGACAUCGGAAACGGGCCAGCUCAGAGGACGAGAGACUCCAGUAUAAAACUCCUCCGCCCAGCUACAGCUCAGCGUCAGCACAGCCAGGGACCGCCAAGCCCUCAGGGGGAGAGACGGACAGGAAGGCCACCUCUCUGUCCUCCUCCCUGGACACCUCCUUGGACUUUUCCAAAGAAAACAAGAAGACAGGCGCGGACGUGGGUGACAGUGUGAAUGGAGGCCAUGUGAGCAUGGGGACUAGCCAAGAACGAGGAGAGGCCCUGCCUGGGCACCCCGCCACGGUGAAUGGCACCGUACUGCCCAGCGAGCAGGCUGAGCUCUGCUGUGCUGUGGAGCAAGCCGAAGAAAUCAUCGGGCUGGAAGCCACAGGCUUCACGGCCGGUGACCAGCUUGAAGCGCUCAGCGGCAUCCCGGUGGACAGCGCCGUGGCGGUGGAGGGCGACGAGCAGGUGCUGGGGGAGUUCGAAGAGUUCUCCCGGAGGAUCUACGCCCUGAACGAGAACGUGUCCAGCUUCCGCCGGCCCCGCAGGAGUUCUGAGAAGUGACGCGGGCAGGCGGGCAGCGGGACCGGGGCAGAACCACUGCCCUCCGUGAGCUAGAGCUGCGCGCCAGCCUUUUAGUAAUUAUCACGCAGAACGAUUACGAGCAGAGGAUACUCCUCGGCAAAGCUGACUCUGGGAAUAGAAGAGGGACUCGGGAUCAUUGGGUAUCAGUGGGCCAGACAAAGUGAGAUUUUGCUUUCAAGAUUUGCUUUUCAGGCCUGGUGAUUGUUUGAAGGCAGAGUGACCCUCUAGUUGAAAGAGCUCAAGUCAUCUUGCAGGCAUUUAUGCUUUCUGUUCACGCCUCUGCUGUCCUCGGAGGGAAGAUGAUAAUGUAUAAGUAAUGUAAUGAACUCACUUUUAGUUUAUCAUAAGCAUUUGCCCUCACCAUAGUUUAUAAAAAACAUGCAAAAUGGAAUGUUCAGAAAUAGCCUCCUGCCAUUUCCUGAAGGGUCUGUGCCCAUCUGUUAGCUUCUUGACCAAGAAGCACAGUGGUGGUCUUGGACCCGGGCCUUUGAUCCCCAAGUGCCACAGUCAACGUGUAGACCCCACUGUUGCCCUGCGUCCACAGGGCUGGCCAUGCAUCCUGGAAACGACGGUGGCAUACCCACUGGUCUACAACCAGUAGUCAGCUAGCGGCCACCCCUGACCUAGCUCCUGAAUCAGAUGCACAACUUGCCUCUGCUGGAUCCCAGAAGACCCUCAGGAACCCCACAGUUACCAUGGAUAGAUAACAUCCAGUUCCUUUUGGGGGCAGAUGCUGCACUCCAAAUUUGAGCAUGCUUUCUGGCAGCAUACUCACCAAACAAAAACCUCUAGGUGUGAAUCCCAUGUUAAUUUUUUACGUUUGAGUCAAAAGGAAGGCUUUUUACAUGUAUGUAGCAAGUCAGGCUGUCCAAUAUGCAAACUGUAAGGAGUUGAGAUCAUCGGAUUAAGAGACUAGGUAAAGCAUAGACUAUUGGUAUGUGUGCAAUUUCAUAAUAUUAAAUUAUGUUUUUUGAAGUCCACUUGUCAUUCCUGAAUUCUGAAGUCAUUUGCUGUUGCUUUCUCCAUUAUGUAUCCAUGGACAUUGCCUCAGGGUUGCAAGCUCUUUAAGGAAAAUUUAUCCACAUAUCCAUGUAUUGUAUAGAAGAAUAAACAUUGAAUUUACUUCACCUGA